UCUUAAACUAAUUUGAAAACAUCACAGUAAAAUUCAAUAAAACAAAAAAAAAAAAAGAAAAAAAUCUAAUAAAUAAUUAACAACCGCUCAGCUUAAACGCGACAUGAGCCAUAAUUUUCAAGUUAGCUACACAGCUCUUGGAAUGUCAGACGAUAAUCAAACCAGCUAUUCGUUGCCCUCGGUGGCCUCGUCUAGUCGUGCUGCACGCAAUGUCAACUUCACCGAUGAACAAAAUGAUUUGGCUGGCUAUCCGCCGCUACAAUUGCCACCGCCAGCUAGACGCAGUUCAAAACUAUUUCAAUUUCAACGGCCACGUUCUAUGUCGGCUUGGAGUAAUAUCAGUCAUAGUAGCAUGAAAUUAGAUGAGAGGUAA